UACAAUUUAGGGAAGAAAAAAAAAAAGCUAAUUCAGCAAGGGAUUUACAACGUUGACAGAUACAUUUUCAAGCAAUGAAGACACAAAUAUUCAAAGGUUUGAAGUUGGAGAGACCAAGAACUAGGCACCCUCUACAGACUGCAGUACUACUAUUGCUAAGUAGUUUUAUGGGUGAUACAAUUACGAAGGUACUGUAUGAAGUUACAGAAUUUCAUGCGAACUUUCAAGCAGGUCCAGCUCAAGAUAUAGAUAAAAGAAUACAAGCUCUUAAAAAAAAAAAGAGUGAAGAAUGUACUGUUCACAAAGGCAAAACAGGGAACUACUUCAUAUGGGAAGAAGAGGUUGAAGUCACUGGUUUUAUUAAUGCUGGUGACCGAAAUCAAUCCAAGUUAAUGUUAAUACGAUAUCACUAUUUUUGUUAUGACUACCACACUCGUACGUGGGAUAAUGUUCGUUUUGUAGACUCCGACACUCCAACACUCCAAAGUGGGAUAAAAGGGGUAGAAACCAACGUCCAGGUCACCGAUUCUUCUUUUUUCAAUUUUUUGCUUUGAGAUUUGCGGUAAUUCCUCUCCCUCUCUCCCUCCCUAUCCCAGGUGCUCAAAUGAAAUUAAUCUGGGUAUAAGCUUCCGUUUUGCUUUGAGGAUGCCAAGUUUGGUAGCAAGAAAGCGCCGGAGUCGCAGCAAAACGGGCAGUCCACUGAAGGGGCGGUGAGUAAUCGGAGUAGUUCACAUGAAGAGAACAGGCAAAAAACUCGGCAACUCCUUCAAAUGGAGUCUUAUCUGCAUGACGUGUUAAAUUUCAUUGAGGAUGUCUUCUGGAAAUUCCAGUGCGAGGGUUCUAUGUGAUGUUCCCGUGGAUGAGGAAGCGAUGCAAAGGCAUCUUUAAAUUCAUAUGCCUUCUGGAAAUUCCAGUGUGAGCUAUGUGUUGUUCCUGUCUGCACCUAAAAUGUGCACCACUUCACUUAUUUGGGCCAUUUGGGUAAAAUAUGACAUUUGGAGGAUUAAUGUGCAAAAAGGCUAACUUGGAAAGUUUUUUUGGCUGCAAGUGGAGUUAUUUGACAUUAUAAUAUUGCUUUUCCCAUU